AUGGCUGUCUGGACCGUCACUGGGUGUGUAUGGAUGGCUGCACUACUCCUGCUACCGCUGCAGGGUCAUCUCGGCAUUCCGCUGGACCCAGCAGCACCACACGGGGUUCGUGACCCCAGCAAAGCCAUUCUGGAGAUGCUGCACAUCGACAAGCUGUCGGUGCCACGCCGCAGCCAGCCACACCCCUACAUGACACACGUCUACCGCCUGCUGGACUCACGGGAGGUCCAUGAUGCGAGCGCUUCUGAUGGGACGCUGGUGCAGAGCUUCCGGAGCCUUCAAGGCUACCGGUACGGCCCCCCAGGGUGGAUUUGGUUUAGCGUGAUCCAGCUGGAGCCCUACAUGGCUGCGGCGGAACUGGUUCUACGGCGCCGGACUCUGCACCCGGAGCCUCUCAGUGUGAGCGUGGCUGUGCAUGCUGUGGUGCCCACAGCCGGUCAGAUGGUGGUCAGCGCGCCCUUGGAUGAGCAGCUGCUGGUGCUGGACCGCCCACCACCAUUAGGCUAUGACGUAUUUGAUGUGUCAGUAGCACUGGCAGGUGUGCAGGGGGGACCUGUUGGCUUCCAGCUGCGCUACACGGACGAGAGCGGUAGCCUGGUGCUACACGAAGCACUGACACAGAGCCUGUACUGCCUCAAUGGCAGCGCGCACAGCGAGCCGCUGCUCGUUGUCUACCAGCUGGGUCAGGGCCACCCCAUGCCACACCCCUCCCCCAAACCGGUGCCUCCUGGCCCAAAACGAGGUCAGCGCCACCACUCCAGAAUGGUGCAAGUUGAAGCUCGCUGCACCCUCUACCAACACUAUGUGGACCUCCGGCCCGUGGCAGACUGGGUCCUGCACCCUCAGGGCUUCAACCUGAGCUCCUGCAGAGGUACCUGCGAGAUGGAAAACUCAACUGAGUCAACCCUCGGUAACACGUCGGACGAGCAAAAAGGCAGAGAGAUGAAGAGGAACCGGACAGGGUCAUAUUGUAUCCCUCAGGAGCUCUCAGCGCUCACUGUGAUGUACAUGAGCAGCAGAGGUGACAUCUCCAUUGCCCAGCUCAGCGAUAUGAUGGCUGGAAGCUGCGUGUGCGGAAAGGAUGUUAGACGAGGAUGA